UGAAGGUCAGCUCCUGCUGCCCCCUGCUGGCGGCGGCGCGUCACCGCAGCUCCGCUCCGCCUCCAUUUUGCCUCGGACAGCCGGCGGAGGAGCAGCGGCUCGCAGCGGACUGUCGGCCCAGCAUCCCCGGCGGUGGAUCCAGCUCUCUGCGGCUCUUUGCGGGUUUCUGCGGGAUGGCGGCGCUGCGGCGGCCCGCGGUUCGGGCGCAUCGGGACUUCUGAGGAUUUGUUCAUUUAGCGGUUGUUUUGGAAGCGGAGCGGAGCAGCACAGGGGGUUCGGUUCGGCUUCGGAUGGUCAGGUCCCCAGCGAGGAUGUGGCAGUGAGCAUGCUCAGUGCGCUGAUUGUCACCAUGGAGUCAGUGGGUAGCAGCCCGGCCUGCAGCGAACAGAAAAACUGUACAGCCGACGAUGAAUCCAAAGACUACUGCUACUCAGCCCGCAUCCGCAGCACGGUGCUGCAGGGGCUGCCAUUCGGAGGCGUGCCCACUGUGCUCGCCCUGGACUUCAUGUGCUUCCUGGUGCUCCUCUUCGUCUUCUCCAUCCUGAGGAAGGUUGCAUGGGAUUAUGGCCGCCUGGCGCUGGUCACAGAUGCAGACAGACUGAAGAAGCGUUUCAGCGACCUGGAGGAGCAGGAAUACGUUGCCUCAGCGAUGCACUCGGAGACUCCGGAUCGCUACGAACGGCUCACCUCGGUGUCCAGCUCUGUGGACUUUGACCAGAGAGACAACGGCUUCUGUUCCUGGCUCACGGCCAUCUUCAGAAUAAAGGACGAGGAGAUCCGUGAGAAGUGCGGCGAGGACGCCGUGCACUACCUGUCCUUCCAGCGCCACAUCAUCGGCCUUCUGGUCGUCGUCGGCGUCCUCUCCGUGGGCAUCGUCCUGCCGGUGAACUUCUCCGGUGACUUGCUGGUCAGAAUUAUCAGUGCAGAUGCUUUCCUAAGCCAGGGAGCUCCUGGACCUCCUUCCAAAGAAGAGAACAACGCCUACAGCUUCGGACGAACCACAAUCGCCAACCUGAAGUCAGAGACCAAGCUGCUGUGGCUCCAUACGACCUUUGCCUUCAUGUACCUGCUGCUGACGGUCUACAGCAUGAGGAGACACACGUCUAAGAUGCACUACAAGGAGGAUGAUCUGGUGAAACGCACUUUAUUCAUAAACGGCAUCUCCAAGUAUGCUGAUGAGAGUCAGAUCAAGCAGCACUUCGAGCAGGCCUACGACAACUGUGUGGUUCUGGAGGCUCGGAUCUGUUACAACGUGGCCAAACUGAUGGCGCUGAGCGCUGAGAGGAAGAAGACGGAGCGCAGUAAGAAGUUCUUCACCGACCUGAUGGCGAAGGAGCACGUUCCCACCAUGAUCAACCCCAAACCCUGCGGACACCUGUGCUGCUGCGCCAUCGCCGGCUGCGAGGAGGAGGAAGCUGUGAGCUAUUACACCAAGAGAGAGGCCAAGCUAAAGGAGGAGUACAGGAAGGAGAAGGAGAAGGUCCACACCAAGCCCCUGGGCAUGGCCUUCGUCACCUUCCAGAACGAGGCCAUGACCGCCAUCAUCCUGAAGGACUUCAACGCCUGUCAGGUUCAGGGUUGUCGUUGUCGCCAGGAGCCGUGUUCCUCUCAGUUCAGCGAAGUCCUCCAUGUUCACAACUGGAGCGUGACGUAUGCGCCGGACCCGCAGAACGUCCGCUGGGAGCACCUGUCGCUGGGUGGGAUCUCCUGGUGGAUCCGCUGCUUCAUCAUCAACUGCAUCCUCUUCAUCCUGCUCUUCUUCCUCACGACGCCCGCCAUCAUCAUCUCCACCAUGGACAAGUUCAACGUCACCAAGCCUGUGGAGUAUCUGAAUAACCCCAUAAUCACUCAGUUCUUCCCCACCCUGCUGCUCUGGGCCUUUUCUGCUCUGCUGCCUACCAUCGUCUAUUACUCUGCCUUCUUUGAGGCUCACUGGACCAGGUCUGGAGAAAACAGGACCACCAUGCACAAAUGUUACACCUUCCUGAUCUUCAUGGUUCUGCUGCUGCCGUCUCUUGGACUCAGCAGUCUGGAUGUUUUCUUUCGCUGGCUGUUCGAUAAGAAGUUCCUGGAUGACGCUAAAGUCAGAUUUGAGUGCGUCUUCUUACCGGAUAACGGAGCAUUCUUCGUCAACUACGUCAUCGCCUCAGCCUUCAUCGGGAACGCCAUGGACCUGCUGAGGAUCCCCGGUCUGCUCAUGUACAUGAUCCGCCUGUGCCUGGCCCGCUCCGCCGCCGACCGCCGUAACGUGAAGAGGCACCAGGCCUACGAGUUCCAGUUCGGCGCCGCGUACGCCUGGAUGAUGAACGUCUUCACGGUGGUGAUGGCCUACAGCAUCACCUGCCCCAUCAUAGUCCCCUUUGGUCUCAUGUACAUGCUGCUGAAACACCUGGUGGACAGGUACAACAUGUACUACGCCUACCUGCCCUCCAAGCUGGACAAGAAGAUCCACUCAGCUGCAGUGACUCAGGUGGUGGCCGCACCCAUCCUCUGCCUCUUCUGGCUGCUCUUCUUCUCCACUGUCCGCACAAGCUUUGAUACGCCCACCUCCAUGUUCACGCUGGUGGUUCUUGUCGUCACCAUCGUGAUCUGUCUGUCCCACGUCUGCUUUGGACACUUCAAGUACCUGAGCGCCCACAACUACAAGAUCGACACAAAGGAGAGCGACGUGGACGCCGUGAAGAACGGACGACCGGCUCGCUCUUCAUCCUCUCCAACCAACAAGUCUCAGCAGGUGGCGCCGCAGCAGCAGAUGUACAUCGCCCAGGUGCUGCAGGAUCCGAACACAGAUGAGCCGGGCGGCGCCAGCAGCGAGGAGGACCGGGGCUCGUCGCAGGACGAGGAAAUGCUGAACGGAGGGAACAGCAUCAACGAGGCGGAUUUCCAGUCGGGGGAGGACAGUCUGAUCGCCAACGAGGUCCACCAGUAGCUGGAGGCGGAGCUAGAGGAAGGGGCGGAACUAGCCACACCACAGCUACCAGUAAGGCUAACUGGAGAUUCACCGUUCGCACUCAAUCGGUAGUGUGGCUGGGUUAGCCUCGCCCCCCUCAGCCUGAAGACUCGACCCUGACCUUUGACGCCGGCGCCGGAUCGCCACCAUCCAGCCCUCCACAGGAAGUCACUGUACAUACCCACAACGCCAAAACUGUCAUCCGUUAUCCUGGUGAGGGUGGGGUCCAACUUGUGCCUGGGCUGGUUUCCGUUUGUUCGCACUCGUGUCUUGAUCCCCAUCGAUUCCUGAUCCGUCGGAAGAACGAAAGCAUCGGACCACUGAAUUUUCCAACCGUCCGAUCCCGUAGCCGUAGAAGCUUCGCUAACGCAGAACGGCCCCACCUUCCUUCUGUUCCCAAAACUCCGAUGUCUGUUCUGCACAUCCUUUUGGUUUGCUGUCGACCCGCCGAGCUUCUUGCUGCAUGUCAUGACAUCGCCACCUAGAGGUGACAUCAUUCAUCACAGGAACAAACUCACCCGGAUUCCUCUGUUUGUCAGCAGCUUGUCCGUCCAGAUCCUCCCCUCCCGGAUUAUCUCACCUGGACUACCUUAAGUUGUGAAUAAGGGAACGGGACGUUGGUGUCGGUAGCGUAGCGCUUCGACUCCUUCAAGACUCUCGGUCUCUUCCGGCGGCAGAGAGCUCGGAUGUCCGGACACAUGGAAGAGCAGCGCUUUUCAUCCGGUCCGAUGCCUGAAGCUGUUUGGACUCUCAAGGGAAACAUUUUGUUGUGUCUUUUGUGAACUGUGUGUGUGUGUGUGUGUGUGUGUGUGUGUGUGUGUGUGUGUGUGUCCGAUUGCUCUCCAGUAUUCAUUUCGUACAGUCCAGCACGUCUCCAGGUAACAGAACCGGUUCUGGUUCCUCUGUUCCUGGGUGGUUCUGAUGAUGGAUUAGGGAUGGAUCCUGAGGAUCAGGACGAUCCCAGUCGAUCCCAGUGAUGCUGGACUGGGUUGUUCCCCGUCAGACAGGUGAGCUCAUUAAGCCAGCGCAGGUAUUCAAAUGGUUGCUGUCUCCAACCUGACCACUAGAUGGCAGUAGUUUCUCCAAACCAAACUGUUCCUUUCCAGCGAUCCUGAUGGGUCAGAAUUUUUAUGUUUUCAGGUAUCCCUGAAACUUUAACUUUUCUCCUAAAAACUCCAGUUUGAUCCACUUUAGUUCUCUGGGAUCCUGAGAAUCUGCUGCAUUUUUAUGUAGAAUAUCAUCUUGAUGUUAUUCCCACGUCAUAAACAUCCCUGGAGUGUUGCCUGGACUCUUUCAUUCAUGUUUAAGAAAAACAUUGUGAAAGUCUUAAUGGAGGAGCAACGUGAUGAUGAAGGCGGAGGAUCAGAAAGAGCAGGAGCUUCUUAAAGAGACAGAGGCCCAAUUUCAAAACGUUCAACUGCAAAGUAAAAUUUCUUUAGUCAUUUUAAACGCAUCAAACAUUUUCAUAACUCGAGACGACACAGUCCCUGACUGGCUGUAAACACAGAUAUGUGGUACUGGCCCUUUAGACCGACCAGCCUGGUCCAGCAUCAUCCGGAUCUGAACAGAACCACAGCUUCACUACUGGUUCUUCUGACCCUGUCCGGUGCCGGCCCGGUCAGAACCAAACCCGGUCCACUUGGGUUGUGGCUUCAUUCACAGUUUUCAUUUCAGAUCAGAACCGGUCCAUUCAGACAACGAUGCCCAUGUUUUACUGCGUUGAGCUGAUGAGCACCAAUGGUGGUUUCCAUGGUAACGGGAAACCACCUGAGACGAUGCAACAACGGGAAGUUUCACAUGUUUGUUUUUCCUGAGUUCAUGUUUACAUCUGUGUGUGUGUGUGUGUGUGUGUGUGUGUCUGUGUGAGACACUGAGCUGGACUAUGAAAGCUGCAGCGCCCCCUCCUGGCGGCGGCUGCAUGCUGGAGAACCUGCCGCCUCUGUGUCGUGUCGUUGUGUCUCCUCGGCCCCGAUUGUAACACAGGAAGCAGAACCUGCAGAGGAUCCGGAUCAGAACCUCCAGAACCCUACGGACUCUUCUGGGUCUCACCGGAUGCAGAUGAUCCGGCCUGCUGGGUUCUGGUUCUGAGCUGGACCGCAGGUGGACCGGCUGUGUGAUAUUUUUGUAUCUUGCUGAUUGAAGUGUUUGAUACCGAACUGUGUUACAGAAGAAGAAGCUGGAAGGUUUUUAAACGCCACACUUUCUGCUUUUCUUAGUUUUUUAAGCGUUGCUGCAGGAAGUGACACGUGAUGAUGAUGAUGAUGAUGAUGAUGAUGAUGAUGAGUGUAAAUAGCAUUGGACUGCACCGCUUGAGGCGAACACGGCGCUUCAUGUCAGGCUUUAUUUAUUGCUGUGAGUAUUUAUUUUUAAGUUGCUCUCUGGAUGUACAGUGAACCUUUGUCCUAUUUAUGUUCCAUGAUCAAUAAAGCAGCUGAUCCAAACCGC